AUGGAGCCUCCAUCGAAGAAAGCGCGGACCCUCUGGGAGGACGACAACUCCAGCGACUCUGGCGAUGAUGCUGGCGGUGUUUCUCUCACCAAGGCCUCCGAGGCAGGCUUCAAGAUCAACGAAGACUAUGCCCGCCGCUUUGAGCAUAAUAAGAAGAGAGAAGAGGUGCAAAAGUUGGAAUCUAAGUACGGCAAAACCUCCAGCUUAGGAAAGCACCGAGCCGAUGAACCCUCCGACGAGGAGUCCUCCUCUGAUGAGGAAGAAGACGACGAUGGCGAGCUAGCUACCGAAGCUGUUGAUGCCGAAAUCAUGGCUACUUUGAAGGCUAUUCGGGAGAAAGAUCCCCGCGUGUAUGAUACUACCGCCACUUUCUACACCGAGAUUGAUGAAGACGGCGAGGCCCCCAAGGCAAAGAAGGAGAAAUCCAUGACGCUGCAUGACUACCAUCGCGAGAACCUUUUGAAGGGAGUCGAUGCUGCGGAAGAGGAAGAGAAGGAGACCAUUAAGACCUUUGCUCAGGAGCAGGCCGAGUUGAAGGAUGCCUUGGUCAAGGAAAUGCACGCAGCCGACUCAGACGACGAAAUGGAGGAUGCGGAAGACAACUUCCUGGUCCGCAAGGCCGGUGGAGCUGACGUUAUUCCCGAUAAGGAGAUCAAGCUGGAUAUUGAGAAUGCAGACAAGGAUCCCGAGACUUUCUUGUCUAAUUUCCUGUCCGCCCGCGCUUGGAUUCCCGAGGGCGGUCAACGAGAGCUUCAUCCAUUCGACUCGGACGACGACGAGGAAUUCAAUCGGGCCGAUGUUUUCGAGGAAGCCUACAACUUCCGCUUUGAAGAUCCCAGCAAGCUCAAUGAAAAGAUUAUGACCCACGCUCGUGACACCACCAACAGUCUGUCUGUCCGUCGUGAGGAUAAGAGCGCGCGCAAGAAGCUCCGGGACGCCGAGGGUCAACGCAAGGAGGAAGAAAAGAAGCAGCGUGAAACCGAGAAGAAUCGUCUCCGCAAGCUCAAGACUGAGGAACUUCAGAAGAAGGUCGGACAAAUCAAGGAGGUGGCUGGUCUUCGAGCCGCUGAGUUUACGGAUGAGGACUGGGCCCGGUUCCUUGAUGACGCUUGGGACGACAAGGAGUGGGAGCAGGAGAUGCAGAAGCGCUUCGGAGAGGACUACUACGAGGAGCCCGCGACGGAGGGCAAGAAGCACCCCAAGAAGCCCACAUGGGAUGACGACAUUGAUAUUAAGGACUUGAUCCCUGAUUACGAGGAUGAAGAGGGUGUUAAGCCCUCCCUUGAGUCUGAGGAUGAGGGAGAAGAUGACGAGGAAGAGGAGGAGGAUGCAUCUGGGUCGAAGAAGAAGAGCAAGGCCGAGCUGAGGCGUGAACAAAAGCGCGAUGCUCGCAAGGACCGUCUCCGCAUUGAAGAGGCCGUUGACCGCAACCUGGAUCUCGACAUCACCCUGCUCCCGGGUGCUACUAAGAAGAACGCCACUCGUUUCCGCUACCGCGAGACUUCCCCCCAGAGCUUCGGUCUGACCGCCCGCGAUAUCCUGAUGGCCGAUGACAGUCAGCUCAACCAGUUCGCCGGCCUGAAGAAGCUUGCUGCCUUCCGCGAUGUCGAGAAGAAGGCCAAGGAUGAGCGGAAACUGGGCAAGAAGGCCCGUCUGCGCCAGUGGCGGAAGGACACUUUCGGUAGUGAGGAAGGCCCAGCGUUCGAGUUCGGUACCGGCAAGCGCAAGAGUGAUGCCGACAAGGAUCAAGAUGGUGAUGAGACUAAGAUUGAUAUUCGCGAGGGCGACGGCAGUGGGAGGAAGAAGCGGAAGCGAUCCAAGAAGCACUGA